CAUUUACUCAAGUAAUGCACAAUCCAACCGCAAGGGGGCGGUAUAAAAAGUAUUCCUCACGUGCAGUGUUGCCAGGUCCGCGGUUUUCCCGCGGAAUUGGGCUACUUUUGAAGUGUUGCCGCGGGUUGAAUUUUUUAUUCCGCUCUUUCGGGUAGACCUAUUUUGCAUGCAAAUUACAUGAAUAUCUUGAAAUAAAAAUCCAUAUUUUAAAUGAAAUAAUUUAUUUAUACCCAAAUCCUACCAAACUGACUCCAGAUCAGCACGUACACACAUGGACAUGGACUUUAAAAGCAGUGUAUAUGGUUUGGCACGGCCAUUUUUGAGUUCUGAUUUUGGGCUGGUUUUAUUGGCUGUUGGGCUGGUUUGAUUGGCCAUUGGGCUGGUUUUGAUUGGCCAUUGGGCUGGUUUUGUCACACAGACCUGGCAACCCUGCCCACGCGCUUCUAUCUCUUCGCUCGCCGUUAGCUCGUUAAGUGAGAGACUCCUGAACAAUGAGAGGAUUGCAAACGCCGAGAACAUGAAGAAAGUAUUUACUGCAGAACAAAUUUCGUCUUGGUUCACUUCGGGGGUGACGUUUGCGAAACUUAAACUCACAGAAGAAGCGGCUGAAGGAAGGUUUGAUGAAGAAGCGUCGACGAAAGAGCCGAGAAGGUGAGAACGGAGCCAGCCAGAUGUUCCUGAUGAGCGCAGCCCCAAAAAUGUGAACUCUGAUGAAGGGCGAUUUAAGCAACCAGAACUUUUUACUGCUCCUCCUCUACUCGCCAGCUACGAGUACCCCAGCUUGCCCAUAACAAAAAACCGGCAGAAGCUGAUUUCCCUCAUAGAAAACAACUCUGUCGUGAUCAUCCGAGGAGCCACAGGCAGUGGCAAGACCACCCAGGUGCCUCAGUACAUUCUGGACCACUACAAUGAGAAAAAAUCCUCGUGCAACAUUGUGGUCACCCAACCACGCAAAAUUGGGGCUUCCAGUAUUGCCCGAUGGGUUGCCACCCAGCGGAAGUGUACCUUGGGUAGUCUGGUGGGUUAUCAGGUUGGACUGGAAAAGAUGGCUACUGAGCACACACGGCUCAUCUACAUGACUACAGGAGUGCUGCUGCAGAAACUGGUUUCAGCCAAGUGUCUCACAGAGUACUCCCAUAUUUUCCUAGACGAGGUUCACGAGCGCACUGAAGAGAUGGACUUUCUCCUGCUGGUUUUGAGAAAACUUCUUCAUUCCAACUCUUGUUAUGUCAAGAUCAUCCUAAUGUCAGCCACCAUUGACUGCAAACAGUUUGCGGAGUACUUCGGAACCCCAAUUCAUGGCAAAAUGAACCCUGCCUAUGUGUUCGAAGUGGAGGGGAUGCCCUAUGCCAUUGAGGAGUUUUAUCUGGAUGACCUCCAAACACUGUUUCCAUACAGGGUGCCGCUUCACCUUGAAGACCCUGGCAUUUCCGAAGAGAUGUACGAUCACGCCAUCACCCUCAUCCAGAGCUUUGACGAGAUGGAGGGCAGAGAUUCCAGCGAAAUGGAAAAAAUAGAGGGCAUGACUCCAUCAAGGCGGGGCAGUGUGCUGGUUUUCCUUCCUGGUUUACACGAGAUAAGCUACAUGCAGGAGGCCUUGGCCAAGCUGGUCCACAAGAGAUUGCAGGUUUAUCCUCUCCACUCCUCUGUGACUCUGGAGGAGCAGAAUGGUGUGUUUCUCUUGCCUGUCCCUGGAUACAGGAAGGUCAUCCUUUCCACCAACAUUGCUGAGAGUUCGGUGACCGUCCCAGAUGUUAGAUAUGUGAUUGAUUUCUGCCUCGCCCGUCGUUUGUUCUGUGAUCAAGAAACCAAUUACCAGUCUCUGCGUCUCAUCUGGGCCUCCAAAACUAACUGUAACCAGCGUCGAGGUCGGGCAGGUCGAGUGUCUAAGGGCUACUGUUACCGUCUUGUUUCCAAAGAGUUCUGGAGGAAUGAAAUCUCAAACUACAUGAUCCCUGAGAUGCUGCUUGCCCCAUUGAACACCAUCAUGCUGAAGGUGAAGCUGCUGGAUAUGGGAGAUCCUCGCUCCAUCCUUUCCACAGCCCUCUCACCCCCCAACCUUGAUGACAUUGUGAAGACAGUGCUCCAACUCAAAGAAAUGGGAGCAUUGUCUGCAAAAAGUGAUGGCAGGGGUCACAACGACGACGGCGAGCUAACGUUCCUGGGCCGAGUGCUGGCCCACCUACCUGUUGACCUGCACCUGGGGAAGAUUAUCGUCCUGGGCCACAUCUUUGGCUGCCUGGAUGAGUGCCUCAUCAUAGCUGCCUCGCACUCUCUGAAGAGUUUCUUCGCCAUACCAUCCAUGCAGCAGCUUGCUGGCCACAGGAGCAAGCUGGCCUUUGCCCUUGGCACACCAAGCGAUUCCAUAGGGUUUGUCAACGCCUUCCAGGCAUGGCACCUGUCCAAAAAGAAAGGACAGCUGAGACUCCCAAAGGAUGAGUUUGACUGGGGAAAGGAGAACUUCAUUCAGAUCAAGAGGAUCAGAGAGGUUGCAGAGCUGUACGACGACCUGAAGAAGCGCGUGUCCAAUUUCAACAUGCAUGUGCCGGAGAGCAUCCAAUCCAUGGAUUACACCAGCACACACAUGCAGAAGUUCAUGCUUCAGGUGGUCAUUGCUGGUGCCCACUACCCCAACUAUUUUGUCCAGGGAGAAUUGGAUGAAGACCUGGCCUCCAGGGAUUUGAAUGGCUUUAACCCCAGAACAACAGUGAUGCUGAGGAACCUCCCUCCAUACCCAUUCCUGUAUUACAAGCAGCUGCAGUCUCUGUUCCGCCUGUGUGGACAGGUCAAAGCCAUUUCCUUUGAGGGCACCAGAGCAUAUGUGGAGUUCUACAAGACUUCCCAAGGUGCAGGGGUGCUGCCCGAGGUGUCUCUUGCCCUCCUCCUAGCACAGCAGAGUGCUCCUCUGGAGCUGCCUGUCUUCUCCAUCGAUCAGAUAGAAAUCUGUGCUGGGUGUAAAAACAUUACUCACAUGAAAUCUUCACGGGUGAAUGUAGACUUCCAGAGCCAGUCUGUCUGCCCAGUGGGAGUGAUGAACAUGACCUUUGACCCAGACAAGCUUCCCCCCAAUCCCUUGUUUGUGGUCAACAUCACAGAGGUGGUGGAUGUCGGUCAUUUCUGGGGCUUCCGGGCAGAUGAAAACAGCUUGACUAAGCAGCGCUGUCUGACAGCAGAGAUAAACUCAUGUACGCUGCACCCUGUGACCAUGUCCCUCUACCCCAACCUGCUGUGCCUGGCUCCUUAUUCUGAGGCCAAUGAUCAGAACAAGUACUACCGGGCCAAGAUCCUCCACAUGCGUGGCAAUACAGUGGAAGUGUUCUUCUUGGACUUUGGCAACACCGUGGUUGUCGCCUGCAGCAGCCUCCGGGAGCUCCCUCCUGACAUCCAGUCUCACCAAUUCCAGGCUCAAGAGUUCCAAGUGAUUGAAAUGCAUCCUUCAGCCAAGUCCAUCAUCCUGGGGAACCAGUGGAGCAGCGAAGCUCGCGAGCGGUUCGUCACACUGGUGAAGAGCCGCUCGCUCAUCGUGUCACUGUACUCCAUCCUCCAUGGUGUCAAUCGUGUGCAGCUGCUCAUCCACACAGACACAACAAACACCAACGUGGUGGACAUCAUGGUGGAAGAUGAACAUGCUGUGAAGGCCGAAGAGAGCUUUGAUUCAAAGCAAAACCAUGAAGCGCUGAUGUCCCUGUACAAAGACAUGGAAAAGGGUACAUAUGUCCCGAACUCUGCCAGCAGCUCCUGGAAAGAUCGUAAGAAAGAAGAAAAGCAGCUGAUUGAUGACCUACUCGCCCACUUUUCCAAAAACCGGCCGUCCCAAUCCAAGAAAAAGGUUCUUCUGCAUGGACCACACAGUCCUUAUAAGAUGAGCUUCCACAGCCUGAACCACAAGACCCUCUACAAGAGCGUUAACAUCGAGAGAGUCAGCAUCAACUCCCUGGCGCUGAAUGAAAACCCUCAAAACAAACAUCAGAAGAUGCUGGUGGCUGGGACUGUGUCGGUUAACUCCACAGGGACAUGUAUUCGAUUGAAGGAUACCUCCAUCAUGCCAGACAUCCCUGGGCUGCCUGCUCUCCUAACCAUGCUCUUCACGCCCAUCAUGGAGUUACGCACUAAUGAAGAGAGAACUUGCUACACUGGCGCCCUCUGUGGCUUGGGCUGCAACGCUCAGACAACGGAGGGCACCCUUCCCAAGCACGACAUCGAACUCACCUUUGACGUCAAGUUUGAUGUAGAAGACAUCAUUGAGAUAAAUGCCUUGCGAGUGGCUAUAAACCGCCUGGUGUGUGAAGGCCCCAAUGGGACGAUGCAUCUGGGGCCCGACAGGAUAAGACAACUGCAGCAGGACUGCAGGGACGGCAUCACAAGGCUUUUCACCAAGUCCCCGCCAAGGGAAGCCGUCACUCCAGUGUUCGACGAGAAGACUGAUAAAUGGAACCAGGUGGAUCCUGCUCUGCAGAUGGCUAUCGUGGACCCUGGUGAAGGAAAGACCAGAGGUGUUCUCUUCCAGCUGCACCCUGUCACCCUCCUCAACAGCUGAGCACUGCUGUACCUUUUGUGUUGAAAUGGAAAAUAUUGUAAUGUUCCAGAAGCAGUUUUUAAAUGCUUCAUUUUGAUUAUGUUUAGAGUACGUUUAAAAAAAAAAUGUA